CUGCCACGCACCAUGUGUUAAAGCUUUCAAGCCCUGCAGCAGAACACCCACUUCGGUAAAGCCCCCCGGGAUCGCUCAACAUGCCAAAAACGGAUGCAGGCGAGAAGCUACUCUGUGAGCUGGGCUACAAGCUGGGUCAGACCUUAGGGGAAGGCAGCUUCUCCAAAGUGAAAGCGGUCACCUCCAGCAAAUACAAGGUCCCCUUGGCCGUCAAGGUGGUGGACCGGCGGCGAGCCCCCCCAGCCUUCGUGUACAAGUUUCUGCCCCGGGAGCUCUCCAUCCUGCGCAAGAUCCGGCACCCCAACAUCGUGCGCAUCUUCGAGCUCAUCGAGGUGUGCAACGGGAAGCUCUACAUCGUGAUGGAGGCAGCGGCCACCGACCUGCUGCAGCUGGUGCAGCAGCUGGGGAAGCUGCCCUGCGUCCCCGAGGCCCGGGACAUCUUCGCGCAGGUCGUGGGGGCCGUGCGCUACCUGCACGACCGCAACCUGGUGCACCGGGACCUCAAGUGCGAGAACGUGCUGCUCGCCGCGGACGGCCGCCGGGCCAAGCUCACCGACUUCGGUUUCAGCAAGGAGGCCAGCAGCUACCCGGACCUGAGCACCACCUUCUGCGGGUCAGCAGCCUACGCUUCCCCAGAGGUGCUGCUGGGCAUCCCCUACGACGCCAAGAAGUACGACAUGUGGAGCCUGGGGGUGAUGCUCUUCGUGAUGGUGACCGGUUACAUGCCCUUCGACGACACCCGCAUCCGCAGCAUGCCCCAGCAGCAGAAGAAGGGGGUGCUGUACCCGGAGGGGCUGCCCCCGCUGCCGGAGCCCUGCCGAGCCCUCAUCGCCCAGCUGCUGCGCUUCAGCCCGGCCUCGCGGCCCGGCGUGGGGCAGGUGGCCAAGAACAGCUGGCUGAAGGGGGACAUCUGAAGGAGGAGGUCCUCCCCGGAGACCCCGGGAGGGCGGUCACAUUUUGGUGCAAUCAGUGCUGUAGAAGAAAAGCACGUGAGGAGUUAAUUGAUCAUUUCGAGCUGCGGGCUGUGGGUGUGAUUGAACUUCAAGCAUUGGCAAGGCCGCGUGGUGGUUAAGAAGGUGGUGGUAUCAAGAAAGCGGUCGUGCCCCUUCACAAAUGAGACAAAUGAGUCCACCGCAAGUGAGGCUUCAAGCCGUGCUGACCAUGUUGAGCAAGGGCUAAGAGCAAACCGUGAGGCUGCUCACCCCAGACGUGGCUACCUGAACUCCUGGGGGGGCCAGGUCCGAGCUCUCCCACUGAGCCAGCCUUGUUUGCCACCAAAAUGUGCUUGAGAUGAGGUGGGGGAGAAGUGGUGGUCCCAUAAAUCACUACUGCAGAGACAAUGUCCUAUUCUUUAUAUACCGCCCUUUAGAUCUCACAGCGAUAUUAAAAAAACACAGACUCACAGCAGAAUCUUUGCAGGCAACCCAACAGCAUUACAGAGCCGAAACUUUUAGUGUGGCUUCGAGAUCCGUGCCUUAACUUCAACCAGAUCUUGCAGAUGUUGAUUCUUGCCAGCAUCUGAAAUCUCUGCCAAGAGAUACCUGGUGAGAAAGAAAUGCCACUGGCCGUGGAGAACACUGAAACGAGAAAGAAAGAUGUAAGGUAAGGGAGCACUGCUUUGCUAGCACCAGCCUUCCAGCUCCCACACAAAGGUAUCGAUUAAUUUUCCACCCCCCAAAUCUGUGACGUAUGCCAGCUGUCAAGCCCUACUUUCAGCUAGGUAUUUAAAGGUAGGAGCUGGCAUCUGAAAACGUGCUUUCAUGAGCAGUUUCAAAUCCCCUUUAAAUAAGUUCCAACCAAGCUCCCACAGAAACCCAAGUCCAAGAGAAAAUUUCCAGCUGGGUGGUCUGCUAAUCCUGGUGCCGUUAGUGCCCCGUGAGCUAACGCAACGCAGCCUUGGCAGCGGCUCCCCCAGCGAGGGCACAUCUGAAAUGAGCAGACAAGCCCACACGGUUCUGCUGGAGGAGAAGGAAACAUCUUUUGUAACACAAACAUUUUGGGUCUAUUAAAAGCAGCAGUUUAAGUAGAACAAGAUGUGGCAGCAGAGCCAGCCCAAGGCUUUUCAGCACAUGGGCUACAGCAAAUUUUGCCACCCCCAGAAUGAAGAUUUACUUUGCUCUCAAGCCUUGCAGCUGCAAAAUAAAUCUUCAUAGCAGCAGAGUCCAAAGCAGGCAGAGAAAGGGAUAGGAAGGGUGUCUUGGGGCCAUCCAUGGCUGGGCAGAGAGGCUUAGGAAGGAUCAGGGAGCCGCUAGGGACGGAAAAGAACAGAGAAGCUGAAAGGGUGU